CUGUGCCGCCAGCAUAUUUUGCAAGACUCUGAGGGGAAGGUACAUGGACUGUUGAAAGCAGACAAGGGAGCUGAAAUAUUCUGCUGACAAAUCAAGAUCUGCUGUUCAUUUCCAGAAUAAAGCAAAACAGCAGAAAAAAAAUAGAAAUGCUACUCAUUUAAUUUUUGGAAUCUGACUGGAUAUACUGUACUCAUCAGAUGGGAAGGAAGAAAAAAUUUUCAGGCUUAGAGAUAUCUCUAAUGGCGAUGUUUUCUAUGGUGGUUAUAGUUGCUGUUGUAUUAAUAGUCUUCUUAGCAAUGGGUGAACCUGCAACUAAAUCCGAAGAUGUUAAGUACACUCCUGAAUGUUCACCAAUUCCUGAUUCUGAAAGAAUAGACUGUUAUCCAGAUGGAGGGGCAUCCAAAGAUAAAUGCGCAGAACGAGGUUGCUGCUGGUAUCCUCUCAGUACAACAACAAUACCUUGGUGCUUCUUCUCUAAGAAUCGCGGUUAUGAAGUUCUUCAACAAGAUAAAACCAGCAAAGGAUAUGAAGCCAAGCUGAAGAGGUUACCUGCACCAACACUAUUUGGAAAUGAGACUGAGAACGCUCAACUGAUAAUUGAGAUACAGUCCCAAAAUCGCUUACAUUUUAAGAUUAUAGAUUCAGAGAAAAAUAGAUUUGAAGUUCCUCAUGAACAUAUUCAACAGUUUAAUGGCCCUGCAGCUUCAAGACCUAACUUUGAGGUGGAACUAACUAAUAAGCCUUUUGCGCUAACAGUUAGGAGAACAACUACUAAGAAAGUUCUAUUUGACACCUCUAUAGGGCCACUCCAGUUUGCAGACCAAUACUUGCAAUUAACUGCAAAGUUGCCCAGCUUAAAUGUUUAUGGUCUAGGAGAACAUGUUCAUCAACAUUUUCUGCAUGAUAUGAAUUGGAAGACCUGGCCAAUAUUUACUAGAGAUGGAUUUCCAAACGGGGGAACACACAAUUUAUAUGGCCACCAGACGUUCUUCUUAUGCCUUGAAGAUGGAAGCGGAACAGCAUUUGGUGUUUUCUUAAUGAACAGUAAUGCCAUGGAUGUAAUUCUUCAACCAGCUCCAGCUGUCACCUACAGAACAAUUGGUGGCAUUUUGGACUUUUACAUUUUCUUAGGAAAUUCACCAGAAGAAGUUGUUCAAGAAUACCUUGAGUUAAUUGGGAGACCUGUGAUGCCAGCAUAUUGGUCUCUUGGAUUCCAACUGAGUCGCUGGAACUAUGGAACCUUAGAUGAAGUAAAGGCCACUGUGCAAAGAAACAGGGAAAUACCUUUACCUUAUGACAUCCAGUACACUGACAUUGACUAUAUGGAGGAUAAGAAGGACUUCACUUAUGAUCUGAAGCGUUUUGGAGAACUUCCACAGUUUGCUGAGGAUUUACACAGUCAUGGCCAAAAAUAUAUAAUUAUACUUGAUCCAGCUAUUGCUACAUCUCCUCGUGUAAGUGGCCCAUACAAACCGUAUCAAUCAGGAACUGCAAGGGGUGUCUGGGUAAAUGAAUCUGAUGGAAGAACACCUAUUGUUGGAGAGGUUUGGCCAGGUGAAACUGUCUUCCCUGACUAUACCAAUCCUGAAUGUACUAACUGGUGGGUUGAAGAAUGUGAGUCUUUCUACCAGGAUGUGAAGUAUGAUGCAUUGUGGAUAGACAUGAAUGAAGUUUCAAGUUUCCAACCAGGAUCAAUAAAGGGUUGUGAAAGAAAUUCAUUAAAUUACCCUCCGUAUACACCUAAAAUUCUUGAUAAUUUGAUGUAUUCCAAGACUCUCUGCAUGGAUGCAAAGCAAAAAUGGGGCUCUCAUUAUGAUGUUCACAGCUUGUAUGGCUACUCAAUGAUACUCUCCACCGACAAAGCUAUAAGACGUGUUUUUCCAGGAAAAAGAAGCCUUAUUCUCUCCAGGUCCUCAUUUGCGGGAUCAGGCAAAUACUCUGGACACUGGUUAGGUGACAAUGCAGCAAACUGGAAUGAUAUCAAAUGGGCGAUUCCUGGAAUGCUGGAAUUUAACCUUUUCGGAAUGCCUUAUAUUGGAGCCGACAUUUGUGGAUUUUUUGAUGAUACCACUGAAGAGUUGUGCAGGCGCUGGAUGCAAGUUGGAGCAUUUUAUCCAUAUGCAAGAAAUCACAAUGCAGAAGGAUAUAAACCUCAAGAUCCUGCUUAUUUUGGUGCAGAUUCUCUUUUAGUGAAGACAUCUAUAAACUACCUUAACAUUCGCUACACUCUGCUACCAUAUCUCUACACCCUCUUCUAUCAGGCCCAUGUGAAAGGGACCACAGUUGUACGGCCAAUGAUGCAUGAGUUUCCCAAAGACAACAAGACAUGGAAUGUUGAUCGGCAGUUUAUGUGGGGAUCUGGUCUGCUUAUCACCCCAGUCCUGGAUCCUGGUACAGACACUGUAACAGCCUAUAUUCCGGAUGCAGUGUGGUACGAAUAUGAAACGGACAUUAGGAUAACAGAACGUAAACAAGAAACAAAGAUGUUUCUUCCAGCUGACAAAAUUGGACUUCACCUAAGAGGCGGUGUCAUCUUUCCCACUCAAAAGCCAGCUGUCACUACUGUCUACAGUCGUAGGAAUCCACUGGGGCUUAUCAUAGCACUAGAUGACAAUGAUGCUGCAAGUGGAGAAUUCUUUUGGGAUGAUGGAGAAUCCAGAGAUACAAUAGAAAAUGGCGUCUAUAUUCAUUAUCACUUCUUGUAUGACUCUGGCAUAUUAAAAAUAAAGCCUUUAACUAAUGGAUACAAGGAUCCAAACAACAUAAAAUUUGAAGAAAUUAAAAUCCUCGGAAUGUCUGUUCAACCAUUAACUGUUAUUAUAAGAAGUGACUUAGGCAAUAUUUCUGUUCCAUCAACAAAUAUCAGUUACAACAAUAACACCAAGACUGUAAUAGUAACUGGACUUCAAUUGGAACUAGGCCAGAAUUAUGUCAUUGACUGGAAUGUAAAUCCUAAUGAACUGGAAAGAUUUGAUUGUCACCCAGAAGAAAAUGCAAAUGAAGCAGCUUGCUUGGCUCGUAACUGCAUCUGGAAACCUGCAGUAACUCCGAAAGUCCCAUGGUGCUUUUAUCCAGAAGACUAUGGAUAUAUCGUAAGUGAAGUAGUACACAUUCCCCAAGGAAUUCGUGCCACAAUUACAAGAAAUACUGCAUAUGUGUCACCAUAUGGCAGUUCCUCACCACCUAUAGAUGUACUUCAAGUUGAUAUAAAGUAUCUAUCCAACUAUAUGUUACAAUUUAAGAUAUCAGAUCCGAAAAGUAAAAGAUACGAGGUACCCAUCCCGCUUAAUGUGCCCAGCAUUGAAGUCAAUCCAGUAGACCAGCUUUAUGAUGUCUCCAUCAGCAACCAACCAUUUGGAAUUAAAGUGAAACGCAAGAGCACUGGAACAGUCAUAUGGGAUUCCGUUCUCCCAGGAUUUAUUUUCACUGACAUGUUCAUUCAGAUUUCAACUCGAUUUCCUUCCAAGUACGUCUAUGGCUUUGGCGAAACUGAACAUACUUCAUUUCGUCAUGAUCUGAACUGGCUUACAUGGGGCAUGUUUGCUAAAGAUCAGCCACCUGGUUAUCAACUGAAUUGCUAUGGUAGUCAUCCAUUUUACAUGGCACUGGAAGAAGAUGCAAACGCACAUGGAGUUUUAUUACUGAACAGUAAUGCAAUGGAUGUAACACUCCAGCCCACACCCGCCCUGACAUACCGCACAAUUGGAGGUAUACUAGAUUUUUACAUGGUCUUGGGACCAACCCCAGAAAUGGUUGUACAAGAAUACACAGCACUUGUUGGACGACCAGUUCUUCCAGCUUAUUGGUCUUUGGGAUUCCAACUUUGCCGCUAUGGAUAUCAGAAUGAUUCUGAAAUUUCACAGCUUUAUGAAGACAUGAAAAAAGCUGACAUUCCAUAUGAUGUGCAAUAUGCUGACAUUGAUUACAUGGAGAGACAACUGGAUUUUACACUUAGUGAAGAUUUUAAAGGUUUUCCUGAUCUGAUCAAUAAAAUGAGGGGUGAGGGAAUGAGAAUAAUUAUUAUAUUGGAUCCAGCAAUUUCUGGCAAUGAAACAAAACCAUAUUUGCCAUUUUCCAGAGGUAUUCAGGACGAUGUCUUCAUCAAAUUUCCGGACACUAAUUACAUAGUUUGGGGAAAGGUUUGGCCAGAUAUACCCGGUGUUGUGGUUAAUGAAUCUUUAGACUGGGAAAUGCAGGUGGAGCUCUAUAGAGCCUAUGCAGCCUUUCCAGACUUUUUCAGGAAUAUAACUGCUCAGUGGUGGCAACGAGAAAUUGAAGACUACUACAACAAAACCCUUAAGUUCGAUGGCCUAUGGAUUGACAUGAAUGAGCCAGCAAGCUUUGUACAUGGAUCAACCAGUGGUUGCAGUAAUAAGCUUUUAAAUAACCCACCUUACAUGCCACCUCUAGAAUCAAAACAUUUAGGACUAUUCCAUAAAACAUUGUGCAUGGAAAGUGAACAGACUUUACAAGACGGAACUCCAGUUCGACACUAUGAUGUACAUAACCUUUAUGGCUGGUCCCACGCAAAGCCAACAUAUGAUGCUGUGCACAUGGUGACAGGACAGAGAGGAAUAGUUGUCACCCGAUCAACUUUUCCAUCUAGUGGAAAGUGGGUAGGUCACUGGCUUGGUGAUAACACAGCGGCUUGGGAUCAGAUCUACAAAUCUGUUAUUGGUAUGAUGGAAUUCAGUUUAUUUGGAAUAUCCUAUACUGGCGCUGACAUUUGUGGAUUUUUCAAAGAUGCAACCUAUGAAAUGUGCACACGCUGGAUGCAAGUUGGAGCUUUCUACCCAUAUUCAAGAAAUCACAAUGGAAAAGGAAGCAAAAGACAAGAUCCAGUAGCCUGGAAUGAAACUUUUGCAAACAAUUCAAGGAAGGUCCUUCGAAUUCGAUAUACUCUGCUCCCGUAUCUUUAUACUUUAUUAUUUCAAGCACACAGCCAAGGCAGCACUGUGAUCCGACCUGUCCUUCAUGAAUUUUUUAAAGACAAAACCACAUGGGAUAUAUACAAGCAGUUCAUGUGGGGUCCAGCUUUAUUAAUAAGCCCUGCAAUGGAUGAGGGUCUCAGAGAUGUCCAUGGGUACAUGCCAGACGCACGCUGGUAUGACUACUAUACUGGACGUUCCACUGGAAUCAGAGGACAAUGGGUAGACAUGCCAACACCUUUGGAUCACAUCAAUCUUCAUAUCCGGGGGGGCUAUGUCAUUCCAUGGCAAGAACCAAGUAGAACAACUGUUGAAAGUCGAAAGAAUUUGAUGGGCCUGACAGUUGCAUUGGAUGAUAAUGGAUUUGCUCAAGGUUCUCUUUAUUGGGAUGAUGGAAACAGCAUUGAUACCUAUGAAAAAGGAGACUACUUUCUUGCCAAUUUUGCCGUAAACAAGAAUGUUCUUUUUAAUAACAUCCAGCAUGACAGUAUCAACAACACUGCAGGACAGUUACAAUUAGGACAUCUUAAAGUGUGGGGCUCAGGAAACCUUCUCAUCCAGGAGGUGAAUGCAGUUUAUGAUGGAAGAGAAAUACGCAGUCUCAAUUUCACCCAUAAUCUUGAUACAGAGGUAUUGGCUGUUAAUCUUCAAGAGCACAACAUAUACAUGAACAAACCUAUUCAGAUAUCCUGGAACAUAUAUACAUAAGGAAUGUCCACUGGUAAUUAAUAUAAAGCAUUCAAUACUGACUUUUUCGGUGUGUAAUAAUAUGUACCAAACAUAUUAAUAAAAACUUUUGUGAUUUUCAAACAGCA